AUGUCUAUGAGUGAAAUCAGCUUUGCCAUUUUAAUAGCAUGCCUUGGAAUUGCUACAAAUGGUGGAAUACUCAUCUUCUCCAGAAUGCUCGGUGCAAUGCCUAAACGAAAGAAAUAUUCAUUUGGGGGUUACAGCACAGAUGAAACUUAUACAGAUCACAGAACUCAAAGGAAGGAGUCUAUUGAUUCGGCAGCUCCGAGACGAGUUUCUGAACCCUCUUCGAGAUGUUUGAGUUCCAAGAAAUCGGCGUUGCUCUCGCCUAAUCCUGACGUGUCUCUCCCUCGGUUAUCCUCACUCCUUUCAAUUAAUCGGUUGGAACAGGAUCCGUAUCCCAGCCAACGCUGCUCUAAACCGAAUGGAAAAACUGCAUGGCGUUCACAGAGUCGUCGGCAUAAAGUGUACCUCCAGGGUCUUUUAAUUCUAGCCUCUUCGAAUCUUAUCACCGCAUUUACGCUUUUGAGUUCCGCUCUCUAUUCUAUCUACGGAAAAGAAGCCAAUAUUGCAAGUGUUGUGACCAGUUCUAUUCUUGUGGAUACUUUCCAAGCUGUCGAAGUCGGAGCAAUUUUGUGGAUUGCUGUUAAUAGAGCCUACGCUAUACAUAGCACCUCUCGACAUAGCAGUCGUAAAACGACCGCGAAUGAAAAUGGUCGACCGUUUGCUCAUUCUUUUAAUAUCACCAAUGAGAAUCACCUGUCUUCGUGUCUAGGAUGUUGCUGCUGUUUCUGCUACUGCAGCAGAAGAAAUCAAAAUGUGGUCACAAGUGUUGAUCUUGAAGUUGCAACCAGGAGCAUUAUUCAAUCACCUUUAAAGUGUUUGGUUGUUAUGCGUUUUCAGAAAAUUUCUCGUCUCUGUCUCUGCUCUCUCCCUCUUAUUGUUCUUUUGCUUGCUUUUUGUGGAAGUAUCUGGCCGUGGUUGCAUCGUAAAGGCGAAAUAGAUCCAAAUUUGGAUCUGGAGCUCUACUACUACACCCUAUCGACCAGCAUUGGAGUAUUCGCAGGGCUUUUCGUUAUGCCUACUUCCUUCUUACUCUCAACUAACUGUUUAAUUUACAGGAAAGUUGCUAAGAGACAUAAGCGCUUUCUACUUCGUCAAACAAGUAACUCAAGUAAAAUCACUUUCCUCAUCGACGAAGAAACAGCAUCGAGUCCUUCUUUUAACAAAACAGAGUUCUCAAGACCUCGUUUUCAAACACAAUCAAGUAUUCCUACUUUCACUAUUACAGGAAGCAGUGAUCAAAAUCUGAAUCGUCCAUUGGAUGAACGAAACACGCAACUGUGGGAUGUUCCUGAAACUUCUAAUGAAUACCUACCGGUACCAAAUGAAAGCAGUGCCACGCCUCCAGUGGAUUAUUUGUCUUUUCUCUCAGUGAAAUCAGUUGGUGAAACACUCACUCGUACUGCAUCAUCUAUCGACUGUUCUACAAAUACUGCUUGCGGUCUCGACAAUCCAAAGCGCAAAUUGACUUGCCCCGACCUCGGUGCCAAUGAAAGACGAAGAAAGAGCAUGUCAGAGCUUUAUCAACCCGUCAUCUUAAUGACUCAACAACCUCGCAAUGAUUACGUUCACGAUUCCGUCUUUAUGAGACAGUUGCAACGUCAGCACAAGAGAACCGUUGUCGUGCUUGCAAGCAUUCUGAUAGUCUUCGUGGUAUGUCACGGGCCAAGAGCAAUUUGUCUCUGUGCAAGAUGGUUGCAUUCGGAUUUUGGUUAUCACCUCCUGCCUGUGGUGACUCUCUGGUCACGGGUGUGCAUCUUCAUUGAUCCUGUUCUCUAUGGUUUCUGGGGAAAUCGUGCCUAUAGGCGGUGUCUUCGAAAUCUUUCCUCUCAUUUCAUCCCGGUAUGUGGUGAACGUGGCCUUAAAAAUCAAAUUUGA